AUCUCCGAUGCUGUCGUGUCUUUACCAGAUACAUGUACUGGACCGACUGGGGUGAGAUCCCUAAGAUUGAGCGCGCUACACUGGAUGGAACUGAGCGGGUUGUGAUGGUGAACACUUCCCUGGGCUGGCCCAACGGCCUAGCGCUCGAUUAUGCAGAGAGGAAAAUCUACUGGGGAGAUGCUAAGACUGACAAGAUCGAGAUGAUGAACAUGGAUGGAACCGGUCGCAGGAUCUUAGUCGAGGACAAACUUCCACAUAUAUUUGGUUUCACCCUCCUGGGCGACUACGUUUACUGGACAGACUGGCAGCGGCGGAGCAUCGAGCGUGUGCACAAACGCACUGCCGAAAGGGAAGUCAUCAUUGACCAACUGCCCGACCUCAUGGGACUGAAGGCCACCUACGUCCACCAGGCUUUUGGUACAAACCCAUGUGCUGAGAACAACGGUGGGUGCAGUCACCUGUGCCUGUACAGGCCACAGGGUGUGUCCUGUGCCUGUCCCAUUGGCCUGGAGCUCAUGAGCGACAUGAGCACGUGCAUUGUACCCGAAGCCUUCCUGCUGUUCUCGCGUCACACUGACAUCCGCCGUAUCUCCCUCGAAACCAAUAACAACAACGUAGCCAUCCCGCUCACCGGGGUCAAGGAGGCGUCAGCGCUCGAUUUCGAUGUGACUGAUAAUCGCAUCUACUGGACCGACAUCACACUGAAGACCAUCAGUCGAGCAUUCAUGAAUGGCAGUGCCUUGGAACAUGUGGUGGAGUUUGGGCUGGAUUACCCAGAGGGUAUGGCGGUGGACUGGCUGGGCAAGAACCUGUACUGGGCUGACACCGGGACGAACCGCAUAGAGGUGGCAAAGCUGGAUGGCCAACACAGGCAGGUCCUGGUGUGGAAAGACCUGGACAGUCCACGAGCUCUAGCACUGGACCCUGCUGAAGGUUUUAUGUACUGGACCGAAUGGGGAGGGAGACCCAAGAUUGACCGUGCGGCCAUGGACGGCACCGGGCGCAUCACACUGGUGCCCAACGUGGGCCGCGCAAACGGGCUCACCAUCGACUACGCCGAGAGACGGCUGUACUGGACCGACCUGGACACCACGCUUAUUGAAUCUUCCAACAUGCUUGGUCUUGAACGCGAGGUGAUUGCAGAUGACUUGCCCCACCCUUUUGGUCUCACGCAAUACCAAGACUACAUUUACUGGACGGACUGGAGCCAGCGCAGCAUCGAGCGUGCUAACAAAACCAGCGGGCAGAACCGCACGCUCAUCCAGGGCCAUCUGGACUACGUCAUGGACAUCCUGGUGUUCCACUCGUCACGUCAGGGAGGCUGGAACGCCUGCGCCUCAACCAACGGCCACUGCUCGCACCUGUGCCUGGCCGUGCCAGUCAGCAGUUACGUGUGUGGCUGCCCAGCGCAUUACUCACUUAAUGACGACAACAAGACCUGCAGCGCACCCACCUCUUUCCUUCUCUUCAGCCAGAAGUCAGCUAUUAAUCGCAUGGUAAUGGAUGAGCAGCAGAGCCCUGACAUCAUCCUACCCAUUCACAGCCUGCGCAACGUGCGAGCCAUCGACUACGACCCGCUCGACAAGCAGCUCUACUGGAUCGACUCGAAGCAGAACGUCAUCCGUCGUGCCCAGGAGGAUGGAAACCAGAGUAUGACCGUGGUGUCCAACACAGUGGGGGGCCACAAUCUGGCCUUACAGCCAUUUGACAUGAGCAUCGACAUCUACAGCCGCUUCAUCUACUGGACCAGCGAGGUGACCAACGUGAUUAACGUGACGCGUCUCGACGGCUCUCGCGUUGGCGUGGUGCUCCGUGGAGAGCACGACAAGCCACGGGCCAUUGUAGUUAACCCCGAGAGAGGGUACAUGUACUUCACCAACAUGCAGGAGCGCUCUGCUAAGAUCGAGCGAGCGGCUCUGGACGGCACUGAGCGAGAGGUGCUGUUCUUCAGCGGCCUGAGCAAACCCGCGGCCCUCGCUAUCGACAACGAGCUGGGUAGACUGUUCUGGGCCGACAUGGACCUGCGGCGCAUCGAGAGCAGCGAUCUAUCUGGCGCCAAUCGGAUCGUUAUCGAAGACUCCAACAUACUGCAGCCAGUGGGUCUGACGGUGUUCGGGAAUCACCUCUACUGGAUCGAUCGACAGCAGCAGAUGAUCGAGCGCAUCGACAAGACGACGCGUGAGGGCCGCACCAAAAUCCAAGCUCGCAUUACCGCGCUUACAGACAUCCACGCGGUCCACGAGCUUCACAUGGAUGAGUACAAUAAACACCCCUGCACCCAAGAUAACGGCGGAUGCUCCCACAUCUGCAUAGUGAAAGGAGACGGUACGACCCGCUGCUCCUGCCCGGUUCACCUGGUCCUUCUGGUAGACGAGCUUUCCUGUGGAGAGCCUCCCACGUGUUCUCCAGAGCAGUUCUCGUGCACCUCAGGAGAGGUUGACUGCAUCCCUCGGGCCUGGCGCUGUGACGGAUAUGUGGAGUGUAAAGAUGAAAGCGACGAGCACGACUGCCCCGUGUGCUCGGACGACGAGUUUCAGUGCGACAGCAAGCAGUGCGUGGAACUCUCACUGCGCUGCAACGGAGAGAUCAACUGCCAGGACCGCUCAGACGAAAACAAGUGCGAUGUUCAUUGCCCUCCGGAUCAGUUCACCUGUAAUAACGGUCAGUGCAUCGGCAAACACAAGAAGUGCGACCAUAACAUGGACUGCACAGACAACUCUGACGAGAUCGGCUGCUACCCCACAGAGGAGCCUUCCCCUCAGCCCACCAACACCAUCGGCUCCAUCGUCGGUGUCGUGAUGACACUGUUCGUGGUGGGCGCUGUGUAUUUUGUGUGCCAGCGUGUCCUUUGCCCUCAGAUGGUGGGCGAUGGCGAAACCAUGACCAACGAUUUUGUCGUGCACGGACCCUCCUCCGUACCGUUGGGCUACGUGCCCCAUCCGAGCUCCUUGUCCGGUUCUCUUCCAGGCAUGUCUCGUGGGAAGUCUGUGAUCGGCUCGUUGAGCAUCAUGGGUGGAAGCAGUGGACCGCCGUACGAUCGUGCUCACGUGACGGGCGCUUCCUCCAGCAGUUCGUCCAGCACUAAGGGCACUUACUUUCCUCCUAUCCUGAACCCUCCUCCUUCUCCGGCUACAGUGCGCUCUCAGUACACAAUGGAGUUCGGCUACUCAUCCAACAGUCCCUCAACACACCGCUCAUACAGCUACAGACCAUACAGCUACCGGCACUUUGCUCCUCCCACCACGCCGUGCAGCACAGACGUGUGCGACAGUGACUACACACCAGGCCGCAGAGCACAGCCCGUGUCCUCCAGCGUCAUGGCAAAAGGCUACGCAAGCGACGCCAACUACGACUCCGAGCCGUUCCCACCUCCUCCCACGCCACGCAGCCAGUACCUGUCAGCCGAAGAGAACUGCGAAAGCUGCCCGCCGUCGCCGUACACAGAACGCAGCUACUCGCAGCACCUUUACCCUCCACCUCCCUCGCCCUGCACCGACUCGUCCUGAGUCCCACCGAUCACGUCCAGAACCCUGCCCCACCUCGCCAUUUCAACCGGUGUAAAUAGCAUUUGUGCAUAGAAUGACUUUUUUUUUUUUUUUUUAAAUAGACUGACUGAUGUGUAUGUUGUUCUGUUAAAGAACAAGAAACAGUUUUUAGCGAGAUAAAAAAAGACACUUUGGCGUGCAGAGGUGGUGGAUACCUGUAAAAAAAAAAAAAAUAAGAAAGAAAGAAAAGAAAGCAUAUUUAUAUAUUUUCUAUACAGCGUUUAUUGGUUAUGCCAUAGAGCUUUGUAUUGCUAAAAAAAAAAUUUGUACAUUUUUUUAAAAGAAGAAAAAGUUUUAUUAAAAUCACACAGACAUCAUGUUGCCUUAAUCCAAGAGUGUGUAAUCAAGCCACCUGUUAUUAGGCUGAAGCACUCAGGAAACGUGGGGGAGAGAAGUGCAGCUUGUUAACUUUUACUGAUGCCAAAAAAGAAACCCAGCAAGUCAGAGAGAAUGGACAGACAAGGAGAAUGGAGCCUCCCUGUGGCUGUUACUGGCAUUACACUAGCCAGCUCUGUUCUGUUGGGGCCAUUUUGUCUGAAGCUCAACCACUAGAUCUUCUGAUCAGCCAGUCCACCCAGACCCCUCCUACUACCUUAUAGAAGACCGUCUUGCUUCUGCUGACCUUUUCCACCUAUUUUUUGCCGAGUUUUUUUGUACAGCACAACGCAGCUUUACUGGAAAGCGAAAAGCUGAUGGAAACGUAGCAAUAAGAUGACAGAUGGUCAGACGUGUGGAGCUGCUGAUUUAGUCAUCAAGACGACUCCUUUUGGCUCCAGUGGCUCUGCUCCAUGACUGACAGACUGACAGACAGACAGACGAGGAGACGCCACUCUACAGUAUCGAGCAAAUAACCAAAAUGCUUCACUUUUGCCUCAAACCUUUUUUCUUUUUUCCUGUUUUGUUCUGUUCCCCUCCUCGUUUCUUGGCUGACUGCAAAUGCAGAGACGUCUCUAGUAGGUGUUCACAUCUCGGAGCACAUCUGUCAUAUACUCUGUCCUUUCUCCCUGUCACCUCCUCACCGGCCAUCAGCACUGUUUAUUCCUUAUAGGGGAAUUUUAUAUUCAUCAUAAACAUUCAGCACACAAACACGGUUAUUGUGCCUGAGCAGGUUUUUUUGUUUUUUGUUUUUUUAAAGCUCUUUUAAAUCAUUUUGCCUCUCUCACACACUCUCUCUCUCCGUCUCCGUCUCUCUCCCUCUCUCUCUAAACCCCCCCCCUUUCUCUCUCUCUCUCUCUCUCUCCCUCCUUUCUCUCUCCCUCUCUCUUUCUCUGUCCAUCUCUCACACCCUCUCUCCCUUUCCUGCCCUCUCUCUCUCUCCCUCCCUCUCUCUCUCUCGUGCUUUCCCCCCCUCUCUCCGUCUCUAUCUCUCUCUCUCUCUCUCUCUCCGUCUCUCCCUCUCUCAGACUACCAGUGCCCAAAAAAUCUAAAUAUUUUUGUACCACAUAUUGUAUAGAUACCAUAUUUAUAAGCUAUAAAAAAGGAAGAAAACUUGUAAAUCUCUCCACGAUAUCCUUGCAGUGCUUUUACCAGUAUGCUUUCAAUAUAUGCUUGGUUCUAUUUUUCUAUAUAAAAAAAAAUAUGACGGUGAAAGUACAGUGACAAUCCGUGCUGAACAUCAGAAGCCGAAGGACGUCGUCUCACGAGUGUCUGUCUCGUUAGCGUAAAAAUCUACAGCUACUCUGACAUCACUUGUGUUUUUUUUUCAGCAGGAACCUUUUUUUUUUGUUGUUUUUUUUUUUUAAGUCCUGGAGUCUUUUUUUUCUUUUUUCUUUUUUUUUUUGCUUGCUUUUCAAGGACAGAGAUGUGAUGAUGGACCAGCUCUGAUGCUCUUUAUACACACAAACCUACGUGUCCGUUUAAACCGUCUUCGGUUCGUGGCUGAAUCGGGACUCUUCAAUCACUCGUGUGAUUAACACGAGGGGUAACGAGGGACAUUGCACCAGCAUAAAUAUUUCACUCUUCUUGCUCUUACAGACUUUUUGAUCGCCCCAUUUUAUCAGCUGCAUGGAAUGACAUGUCAGAGAAGAGACACCCAAGAAGCAUCGCACGCGUCCCGGUUGUUUUGUAGACAAUCAGCAGGAUGCUCUGUUUCGGCGCUUCUGUUCGACACGGCGUGCGGCAUUGAGCCGAAAGUAAUGCUCACCAAAAGAAUGCUCACUACCUGCGUGGGCAGCUUUUUCUUUCUGAUUUGUUUUUAGAUCGGCUUUUACUUUGGGAAAAUCUCUACAGUUGUAGUCACGCUGCUGCCUUGUUUUCCUCUGCUCACGAUCCACUGCAUCAUUCACUGUGAUCAAUCUGAAUCGUUCUCAUGCGGUACAAUCAGAAACAUAUCUGUUUACAUUCUACACAUUUGUCCCCUUAGGCCCUGAUGGUCUCAACCUACUGCAAGGGCUCUUGGGUAAUUUCCCUUCUCAGUGUAUCAGUCAUUUGAUUUACCAUCCAGUCAAACCAGCAUUGUCGUCAGGCAAUAUUCUCAGCCUCCAACUGCACUUUAGGGUACUUCGGCUUAGUUAGCGGUACAACGCGCAAGUCUGAAACCUGCGCCAAGGUGUGACAAAGUUCUCAAUCAAUCAGCAUUUUAUUAGCUGUUCUCCUAGUUUCCUUGGUUUUAGCAAUGUAUCGUUAAAAAAAUAAACAGUCUAUCAAACAUUAAGUGGCUACCAAAGGUAUGAAACUCUUAUCAGGAUCAGGCCUUACUGUUUGAAAGGAAUUCAUCGUUUUUUAAAGCGAAAAUUUAUUUUAUUUUUUUGUUAUUUUUUUUUCUCUUCUCUUAAAUCAGAGAGAUAAUGUUUAGACUCCAGGAUGGGGGUUUACGACGGUCACAGAGCGAGCUGCCUCAUGCUUCCGUGGAGGGUAAAACAUUAAGCACUUUGGUUCCUGCGUGUAGGAUGAUAGCAGAGCGUUGAGAUGGAGAGUGAAGGACAGUGGGGCCUGUCGAUCGAACAUCUAUUUUCUUGUCAGCAUUUUGGUUUGGUUUUGGAUACCAUGGUGCUUUGCAAGGGUAUAUUCCAAGGUGACCAACAUUUGGUUAGUAAUAAGUCAUGUAUUUUUGUUAUUCCACUAACUCGGUUAUUUUGUACAUUGAUCGCUUUACAUGUAAACAUUGUAUAAAAUGGACAUGUACAGCCACAUGUAACUACUAUAAGCUGUCGUAGCAAAUGUUGAUUAUUAUUAUUUUAUUUUUUUUUUUUAAAUAAAAUGAUUGAUGACG